AUUCCUGAGGAUUACCCAUCAUGCCCCGCGGGUAAAGAUGGCAGCGGAUCAACUUUUCCCGGAGCGGCUCUGAGCGGAUUUUACUCCCAGGAAAGGAGCCCCUCUGCGGGCCGCUGCUGCCAUCUCUGACCGCUUACCUCGGACCUGCUAGCAGCUCCGGACCGCAGCGCUGCUUCCGGGAGUCGGAUCGGUCCGGAGCCUCCGAACCUGCUCUAACAGCCCGAGGAAGAGCCUCGGAUCUCCUGCUGAAGUUUGUCUGCCCUCGGUGGAGCCGCCCCGGGCCGCACUGGGCCGCGCUGACCGCCCCUCAGGUUAACAGAGGAGCAGAACUUCAGCACCAUCAGGAGGAGGGGGAGGAGCAGGAGCAAAGGAUGAGGAGCACCAGCCCUGCUCAUCUCUCUGGAUGAAAUCUGUUGUGGAAACCAUCACAGCUCAGGACUGAAGCAGAGGAAGGAUGGCCAGCGCCACCCCAGCCAGGAAGCCGUACAGGAAGGCUCCUCCACAGCACCGUGAGACGCGCCACGGCCCGACCGCCGCUUCGCCGCCACCUGCCUCGCACCCCGACUUCAGUCAGGAGGCGCUCUCAGACACGGACCGGAUCAGAAUCCUCCAGCAGCAGAAUGAGGACCUGCGGCACCGCCUCUCCCUCUCCACCCACAAGAUGGAGGCCAUGGAGGCCGAGUUUGAGGGCAGCCGUCACUACAUGGAGGCGGAGCUUAGCCGAACGAGAGACGACCUGGACAAGAUGAGGGACAAGUUCCGCAGACUCCAGAACAGCUACACAGCGUCUCAGAGAGCCAAUCAGGACCUGGAGGAGAAGCUCCACGCUUUGGCUGCCGUCAGCCAGACAUGGGUUCAUGCACUACGGAAGGUGGAGAGGGACAAAAAGACCAUGGACCAGGAGAUAGUGCAACUCACCAACAAACUUCUGGAUGCUAAAAACACCAUAGACCGUCUGGAGGAGCUGAAUGAGCGCUACAGGCAGGACUGCAACUUGGCCGUUCAGCUGCUCAAAUGCAACAAAUCCCAUUUCAGGAACCACAAGUUUGCUGACCUGCCCUCAGAGCUGCAGGACAUGCUGAACAAACACAUGAAGAGCAGCCUUCCGGAGCGAGGCCCCGCCCCCGGCUGCCAGGACCCGGACACGCUCAGCCUGACGCACGCCGACGUGGUGCCCACCUCCGUCAUCGCCCGCGUCCUGGAGAAACCCGAGCCGCUGGUCCUGAACUCGGCUCAGUCCAGCAGCUGCGGCCGACCGGUCGCCGAGGACGUCUUCGUGCACGUGGACAUGACGGACCCGGCGGGCGAGGCCCGGGAGAACGGCGGCGCUCUGGAGGAGGCGCAGCACAACGGGUCCUGUCGCAGUCAGAGCAGCCUAGACGAGGAGCUGGGCGGGGCCCCGUCCUUUGAGAAGCUCAACCCGUACCCGGCGCCGCCGCCGCCUCACCCGCUCUACCCGGGGCGUAAGGUUAUCGAGUUCUCGUCCGACGACAAAGUCAAAAUCCCCAAGAACUCGCCGCUGCCCAACUGCACCUACGCCACGCGGCAGGCCAUCUCCCUGAGCCUUGUUCAGAACGACGAGGAGCGUCUGGCCCCAGGAAGUCCCGCCCCCUCCUCUUCCUCAGGCGGGGGGGGCGGAGUCAACCAGCACACGCCGCCGUCACAGCGCGAUGCCAUCAGUGAGCCGCUCUCCACCCAGUCAAGCCCGUUCAGCAGCCCGCCGCAGGCACCGAGCGUCCCGGCGAGCUCUGCCAGCUCAGAGGAGGACCUCCUCGCCAAUUGGCAGCGAAUGUUUGUGGAGAAGAUGGCGCCGUCCUGCGAGGGUUCGGUGACGCACCGUACAUCUUUCAGCAGUCAGACGGCGAAGGAGUUGCAGAGGAGGAGACAGGUGGCGGCCGGCGGGGCCGCUGCCUCAUCAGAACGCCACAGAACCGCGUAUUCGGACGGAGAGGAUGGCUCGUCGGCGCGGAGCUGGACGCCCAGCAGAGGGUCCAGUUUGGAUACGGACACUGACACGGAGGCUCAGCCCAGCAGGAGGAGCCACUACGGCGCCGGGAGCGGCCCCGAGGAUGGCGAGCAGCUCCUGAUGAACCUGGAGGAUGAAACUGGAAGCGUAGACACUACCAUCACCGUGGCAACGGGCCCAGCCGACAGCCACAGGAAGGAGGAGGGCGACAACAGCUCUGCUGAAGAAAAAGACGUUUUUCCUCAUGGGCUGCCCGUCAUCUCGCCCCGCCUCCUCGAGUUUGACCCCGCCCCCGGCCCUCAGCGGCCGAUGAAGAGCCCCAAGAGGAUGGGGGUGCACCACCUGCACCGCAAGGACAGCCUUACCCGAGCUCAGGAGCAGGGCACGCUGCUGGACUGACCGUCUCCAUGGAAACCAGGCCACACACACCCAGGAAAUAGCCAUACCUCUACCGUAUGCUGCCGAGCGCGCUGGGUUCUGACAUUGAUUAGCCGACAGGUGAUGAGGAAACCGAGCCAGACGACCUCACUUCCUGUUCCCUAAAAGAUAGAAAUGAUCCAAUCAGACGGGAGUUAGAAAAACUAAUGAUAGCAGAUUAUGAGCAGGUCAAUCUGGGGGGGUCGGGUAAAGGGGGU